AUGAGCGGUAAUAGUGAAGCCAUUCCAAAUGCAGCACAGUCAACUUCCACUCGCCGGAAAAGCCCAAAAUGGACAACCGAUCAAAAUUUGGUGCUACUUAGUGGGUGGAUUAAAUUCGGAACAGGCAGCAUUGUUAGUAGAAACAAAAAAUGUGAAUCUUAUUGGGGUAAAAUUGCAGAGUAUUGUAAUGAGCAUUGCUCAUUUGAUCCUCCGCGUGAUGGAAUUUCGUGUAAAAACCAUUACAACUAUAUGAACCCAAAGUUGGCUAAAUGGGUUGGCGCUUACGAUAGUGCUAAACGUUUGCAACAAAGCGGGUGGUCGGAGCAAGAUGUAUUGGCGAAAGCACAUGAUUUAAAUUCAAGUGCUAAUAAAGGAAGUUUCAAUUUAAUGCAGGAAUGGCUUAAUGUCCGUGAUCAACCAAGUUACCGUAGUUAG